AUGCAACAAUAUUGGAGCAACUCCCUGGCCAUUCGGCAGGAGAUACAGCGAUUUGAAAGUGUCCACCCAAGCAUCUACGCUAUUUACGAUUUGAUCGAAGCGAUACCCGAUCCGUUGAUUCAACAACAAAUUCGGGAGCAUGUUGUCUGUAUUGAAGGUUAG